AUGGCGAACAAGCCCUGGCGCGACUGGAUCUACCUUGCCGUCAUCGGGCUGCAGUUCACCGGCAUGAUUGGUAUACCGAUCCCUGCGUCCCCCCCCAUGGUGUUGCCAAGUUCUCGACCUCGUCGCCUUUUACCCGCCGGCGCUGUGGCAGCCGGUCGGGUCGCCUCUGCAUUUCCUCGUGGGUCUGCGGCGGCGCUACCUGGAGCUGUCCGGGGACCCGUUCUUCUCGGGGGCGCCCACGCCGCCGUGGUUCGCCGCGUUCCUGUACAUCGAGGGGCUCGUGCAGUGCCCGCUCGCGGCGUACCUGGUGUCGGCGCUGGCGGGCCGGAGGCGGAUGGCGGGCCCGGCGGAGCUCGCAGGCCUGGCGUUUGGCUGCCUGACGCUGAUGGGCUCGGCGGCCUGCUGCUACGAGCUGCUGCACAUGGGGCCGGAGCGGGUGGCGGCGGACAAGAAGACGCGGCUACUGUACGGGACAUACUUGCCGUUUGUCGUGAUUCCGGCGGUUUUGGCGGUGGACAUGUUCUUGCGACUGCUGCCGCGGGUGCAGGAACAAAGUGUCAAAGCAAAGGACGAAUGAGUGCGGGAAGGCCAAUGCCUUGA